AUGGUGGUGGUGGUGAGAACGCUAGGGGUGGGAUUGAAAGGAAGGAUAGGGAAAGGAAUGAGGGCUAGUGGGCUAGUAGUUCGCGAUAAGACAUCAGGAGUGGAUUGUCAUUGUCGUCGUCUUUGCGGUGUCUAUUGUUGCGACGAUUAUUAUAAUUCGAUUCGUAAAUGUUGAAAUUUCGUUCGUGAAAAUUUCAUUGAAAAAUUGUUCGUUCGGUUGAUAGACAGGGUGAGAUUAAACUGAGAAAGACACAAUAACGGGUUUCUAUCAAAUUUAGAUCUAUAUAUAUGGAAGAGGUCGAUCAGUGCGCAAGAGCGCGCGGAUUAUCAGCUCACAUGUAUCAACUAUAUGUCCUUUCGAAGGAACUUGGAAAUACUCGAAGAGGAUCGUUCGCCGAAUAUCAACAAGGUGGCGAUCGAUCCUUAUUUUACUUCUGAUUGCUUCGAUCACGGUGAAUCACUGGGUAUUUCAAGACGUAAAGAUUAAUCAAAGGAACGAUGAAAGAGAAUUAGGAUGUGCGUUGGAGUGUUAAAGACGAGGGUUAAGAUUUUGGAACAAUGUCGUCUUACCGGGUUCGUUCCUCGUGAAAGAGCUGCGUUGUUGUCUGUUGCUGGUGUUUCUUCUUAAAAAGUAGCCAAGUUUCAAGACACGAAGAAGAAGAGGGUGGGAAAGAUAGAAAUAGAGAGAGAAAGAGAAAGAGAGAGAGAGAGAGAGAGAGAGAGAGAGAGAGAGAGAAAGAGAGAGAGAGAGAGAAAAAAAGUAAAAAGUGUUGUAUUGUUAAAGUAUCACGUUAAAUUUGCAUUCUUGAAUGAUAACGCGAGUAAUCGAAAAUUCAUGUUGGUGUAUUUCUUUUGAAAAAGUAGGCACGUUUGAAAGGGUAGAAGAAUAUUAUUGUGUGUAUUGAUUUUGAAGAGGGUGGGUUUUUCUAUAGAAAUAAAGAAAAGAGUGCAGUGUAGUUAAAUAAUUGUGUUGAAUUCGCGUCGUUGAACGAUGACGGUCUUCGAUGAUUUCGCAUUAGUGUGUUUCUUCUUAAAAAGUAGUCAAGACAAAAAGUAGUGAAGACAAUGGGAGAAAGAUAUAAAUAGAAAUAAAAGAAAAAAAAAGUAAAGUGUGUGUUCUCGAGCGAUGACUCGGCGGGCAUCGAUGAUUCCAAUGAUCGAGGUUGAACGAAUGGAACCUUACGAGGGUUUCUUCCUGGAGUCUCUCGAAGUGGAGAACAUGUCGUCGCUGAUGGACGUAGAGCUCGACAAUAGUGAGACAGUGCGAUCGGUCGUGAAGAGAAUAUUGAACGAGAGUGAUUACGAGCUGAAGAUUGUCCUCAAAGAGGACGGUAUCACCGGUGUAGGAGGAAUAGUUGCGGCAGGUGUAGGAAGUGAAGGAGGAGCAGCUGCUGGAGGUGGUGCGCGCACCGACGUAGACAACUUAGGACUGAACAAUUGGUGGGCGAUGUUAGCACUGGUUCUCGUAGUUGGCACAGCCGCCGGUAAUAUUUUGGUUUGCCUUGCCAUUGCUUGGGAAAGAAGAUUACAGAAUGUAACCAAUUAUUUUCUUAUGAGUCUUGCCAUAACUGAUCUUAUGGUCGCCAUCUUGGUCAUGCCAUUGGGUAUUCUCACUCUCGUUAGAGGUUAUUUUCCAUUACCUGCAGUCUACUGUCUAGCUUGGAUUUGUCUGGACGUACUUUUUUGUACGGCAAGUAUAAUGCAUCUGUGCACCAUAAGCGUCGACCGUUAUCUCAGCCUACGUUAUCCUAUGAAAUUUGGUCGGAAUAAAACGAGAAGAAGAGUGAUCUUGAAAAUAAUCUUUGUCUGGUUACUCAGCAUCGCCAUGAGUUUACCUCUCAGUUUAAUGUAUUCUAAGGAUCAUAAUUCCGUAUUGGUCGACGGUGCCUGCCAAAUUCCAGAUCCUUUGUAUAAGCUGAUUGGUAGCAUAAUCUGCUUCUACAUACCACUGGGUGUAAUGCUACUCACAUAUGCAUUGACGGUGAGACUAUUGGCUAAACAGAGACAGAAUAUUGGUGGAGGUACAGGUUGGUCAUCGGGAUGGUUGGGUGGUCCACAAGGUGCAUCCACGGGAGGUCUGGAGAGGCGUGGAACGUGGAAGAGAUUUCUACUGCAUAAAAAUUCAGCCGGAAGUGGUGGUACUCCUCAGCAUACUUCUGGUACAUCUACCGACACAGAACUCACAACCCUCGACAAUCACGAAUUAUGGCUUCCUGAAAGCGACCCACCACCAUCGGCGAUGUCGGCACUUCAUGCUUUCGGUGCUGAAAUGUUAAAAUUAUCCAGAGGAUUGGAAGGUAUAGCCAGUCCCUUAACUCAAACUCCAAUUAGGAUGGGCAGACCAUCAACUUCGGGUGCUCAUCAUUCUUCAGGUGGUAUUCAACAACUACAACAACAGCAACAACAAAAACAACGACAGCAGCAACAUCAACAUCAUAAACAUAAUCAUCAUCAUCAUCAUCAGCUUCAUCAGCAACACCAUCAGCAACAACAACAUCGAUCCAGCUUUCGAGACGGCAGUGGGGAUAGCGGAGGAAGUAGUGGAUCGGGUUCAAGGACGAGUUUAUCAAUGGGUCAGGAUGAUUUAAGUUCACCGAUUCCUUGGAAACAUAGGCGUAGAGCAUCGACUUAUAACGAGGCACACCUUCAACGAGCUGAUUCGAUCUCACCUAAGAUGCCUCGGAAAAGAUCAUUCAGUUUUAACGAGCAAACGACGUUUAGACGACGUUCCUCCUCGUCGAGAAAAAGCUCGGCGAACGAGGAUAACGCCAAAUCGAGGAAAUCUUCAGACAAAUCGGAUAAUGAAAUAACGACGAUACUUUUGCCACCACCUUGCACUUGUCCAUAUUUCGGAGAAUCUUCGAAAAAACAAAUGCCACAGCCUACCGAAGUUGUAAAUGUAUCGAGCAACACCAUGAAGCCUAUUUCUGAAAGGACACUCGAGGUGAAUCUUCUUAGUAGGAAGAAUAGUGGGAGAAUCAACGAAAUAGUACCAUCUAAUUCGGUUGUUACUUGGAGGGGUGGAAGACGUGGUUCAAGUUUAGGUAGCACAAGGACUCAAUUGGCGUGUUCCAGAGCAACCCCAUUAAAAAGAGCCGCAACAAUGCGCGCGCGCAACGGCGCAACGGCAACAACAUCAUCAACUAUAAUAGCAACAGGCAUAGCAAGUAGUACGUCAUCGAAACAAACUGGGAAUGUGUCAUCCCCUUGUCUUUUGAGAUAUCCCGGUGGUGUUCGUAGUCAUCAUUCGAGAACGAGUAGCGUCGUAUCAAGGAAUAGUUCGAGACAUGGUAGGAUAAUAAAACUCGAACAAAAAGCUACUAAAGUACUCGGAAUAGUAUUCUUCACGUUCGUUAUAUUAUGGGCGCCAUUUUUUAUCUUGAAUUUAGUACCAGCCGUUUGUCCAGAUUGCGAGAGACAAAUCGGCCAUAAUUUAUUUGAUUUUGCUACGUGGCUCGGUUAUGCCAGUUCUAUGGUCAAUCCUAUAUUUUACACUAUUUUUAAUAAGGUAUUCAGACAGACAUUCAAAAAGGUACUCCUCUGCAGAUACAGGAAUCAACCUUGGAGACCAUCUAGGUAGGCACUCGGCCCCGGGAGACCGGGGUCUGCCGUUACCAGGCUUUAACGUCCAUUUACUUACUUUACAAGAGAUUGGGCUUGAUAAUGGGAAGAGUAUUCUCCGAGGUCGAACAUGUCGAUGAAACUCUUAUUCUUUUUUCUUACAUUUUUUUCAACAUAUCCCUUUUUAUUACAUAAAUACCUUAUCACGUCUUUCAACGAUAUACAGACACGUCGGAAAUUAAUCGAGAGAUAAAGACAUUUUUUUUCUUUCUAUUUCUCUUGGAAAGAAUCAUGAUUGUUUCUAUGUAACAUGUAAGCGAUGUUUCUUCCAUAGUUAAGGAUCGAUACUUCAUGGAAUUUAAAUAUGAAAAUGCGUGUCUUUUGUGCAAUCAUUCGAAUUUCAUUUGAUUUUUCUUUUUUUGAAAUUAGAAAAUAUUUUAUUAGAAAAUAGUUGAUAUGAAUAAAAGAUCGUUAGAACGGUUUGUCGUAUUCUUUUUUGAUCAUAUUUUAAUACAUUACGCGUCACGUUAAAGUAAUUCUUCUACGUGGAAAUAUUAUUACAUAAAUCAUUUUCUAUACACAAUAGGAUGCACUUUCACGCAAAAUCGUUGGGUGAUAUGCCGAAAGGCGUACUAAAUCAAUUUUAAUAGAUCGUUAAAAGGAUCCUUGAUCCUUGAGUAAAUAGAUUUUCAUGAUGGCUCGUAAACAAAAGUUGAGACCUGAUUGUUGAUAGUUUGUUAAUCGUUGCUGAUGUCUUUCGAAUAUGCGUCGCGAGUUCUUGUCUCUUAUACCUAGUUUAUAAUGUGUUUCAAAAUUACUAGUCCUUAUUUUCAAAUUUUACUCGGAACAUUUAAUUAAAUACAUUUUCGUAAUCAAAUUGUGGCCGAAAGAAAUGAACACUUGAAACAAUUAAUUUUAAAUAUUAUACAAAAUUACAUCCGCUAUUUUAUGACUAAAUUUGUUACAAUAUCUGCGAACAAUUGCGAGGAUAAAUGAACAAAAAAACAAAUUCUAACAACUAAUUCUUCUUUCAUAUUAAAAAUGUCGAUUUAAUAUUACCUCAAAUAUAAAAAGAUAAAACAAUAACUUAAGUCAUAUCGUAAGAUCAACACAUCUAGAAUAUAUUGAAAACAUUUCGAAUAUCAUUUUAUUACAAAAAAUAUUUAAUUACGUCUCUUUAAGUAUUAACAUAAAAUUACAAAUAGUUAUUCUGAAGCAGUUUGUAUAUAAAACACUACGAUAAACCAAGACACGUAUUAUCUUUCUCAUUCUAACUUCCUUAUCGAAGUAUAUAUUUACGUUUUGAACGAAUAUUGGUAAUAGCAAAGCAAGGUUGGUUGCCAGAAAAUUUCAAGUAAAAGAAGAGAAAAGCAAUUUUCUUAGACUUUCCGGUGGGAAAUCUUAUAUUCUCCUAGAUGACUUUCUUCUUGAUUAAAAUUCUAAAAUUCUAGGUAUGAUGGAAAUUUGGAAAUCCAGUGAAGGAAUGAGUCACGCAUUUACGCGUGUUGCGAUCAAAAUCUAAAGUGAGCAAACGUGUGUCUUCGAAAACAAUGCUGAGAAAGCUUCGGAUAAUUUUUAAUGCUAGGAAAAAUUUUCCAAAAUUUUUACUUGCUAAAAGAUAAAGGCUUUACUUGGAAAUGUUUCGUAACAGUUUAUUAUUUUACACAAUUUCUUUUUAAUUAGAAAUUAAAUUGCUUUCGACGAAUUUUUUAUUGCUCAAUAAUACACUAAACGUAAUUCGAUUAAGAAAUAUUUAUGCAUGCAUACAUGCGUCGGUAAUUAUGCCUGUUGAUAGUUAAAAAAUAAAAAAAAAUUGAUGUUAUGAUU